AUGGCUUCCCCAAUCAGGGAUCUGGACGCAGGUUCUCUCUACGUAACCAUUUCUCUUCCGUACUCGAUCGAAGACGGCGAUGCGGCAUCCAGGCACAAGCUCAACUCCAACUCUCCUUGCGGGCUUGACAUAGCCACAUACGAAAUCCACUGUGCUCAAGACCUGGCUCAAGAGGAGUUUAACUGGGGCCUCUACUUCCACCGCGGAAAUCAGGACGGCAUCUGGUAUGCGUUGACGAGACAAGACGUAAUCAACUACUCUGCUGCUCCCACGCUCUUCCAGCUAUCACGACAGCAACUCAAGAGCUCACCACGCCUCCAUUGCCAAGUUGUAGGGCUUGUCAGAAUUUUGCGCAUCCCGCCAAUUCUAUGUAGAGAGCUCACCACCUACCUUGACUGGCUGGCACUGGGGUCCUAUGGCACUGUGACUCGCACAUUUAUAUGGGUGACGUCAAUGUAUAUUCGAACCUGGCACCAUAUUAUGCCCAAGCCGGAGAACCCCGCCUUGGGACAAGGAAUUCAGUUUGAUGUAAACAUGUUCCUCCGUGAAGCUUUGAGCUUCGCCUAUGCCGAGGUGCAAUACGCAAUAGGUGGGCAGCUUCCCCGGCCAAUCAUCAAAUCUGCUUUCGGUCUUGAGCUGGGUGUUACCGAAGGCGACAGAUCCAGCAAGAAUGAAACACGAACGGAUAUCUCGGCUCGGAACAGGAAGUCAACUUUGCCAGCAUCAUCUUGGUGCGUAGAUGUUACGCACCAAGAUGAUGCGGAUUAA